AUGGGAUACAAACCAUUUGGAUUCAGAAUGCAAGCUCCUCGGCAACAGUUUCUUCGCCCGUGUUGGAUGAACUUUUGGGGACAAUUCAAAAAACAAAACAAUAAUGGUUUCUCUUUACAAACCUAUCAACCGGGCAUGUGCACUCAUAUCAUCCUUGAGCUUGAAUGGCUUCAAGAUGAGAUCACAGGAAGAAGCCCAACUCCAGUAAUGACUCCUGAAUCAACAAGCCUUCAAUGUGAAAAGAUUCGAAAAUUGAUUUCAACCGUUGGCUUACUCGAACUGCAAUCAUGGACCAGUAAUUACUGUGAAUUUAUCGAGCUUUUCACUGAUGGAAUGACUUGUGGAGAGGUGUUGAGCGUCGUUAAGUCAUGCACCGCCAACAUUGCCACAGUCCCUAAAGACAACUGGGCUUCGACAAAUUUCAUCGAAAAGCUCAGCAAGCUGAAAUUGAUCGAUCCGGAAGUGAAAGUCUUGCUCUCGAUCUCACCAAGAACUUUUGGACCGUUUAUUUUCAAUGAGUUGAUGAAUUCUACGCGAAGAACCGAGUUCAUUCAUGCUGCUGUGGGGUACAUUGGAGGGAAAAUGGAUGGAUUGGCCCUGGAUUGGGAUCAUUCUGUUUGGGACAAAGAGAGUUACACUUCUUUUGUGCAGGAACUCAAGUUCACAAUGGACGAGCUGCAGACUCUGACUCCUGGACAAUCCUUUGAGAUGGCUCUGAUUCUUCCGGGUGAUAAACAAUCACUAGUUGAAGCAUAUGAUAUGAAAAAUCUAUGGGGAGGUGUUUCCUUUGCUGUGUUGAUGCCUUUCAAUAUAUCCAAUUUGUGGUCAAAGGAUUUGACAAUUUGGGGUCAAAUGGAAGCGGCGCAAUAUUGUAUCGAGCAAGGUUUCUUAUCGAAUAAACUUGUUUUUGGUGCCGCUACUUUUGGCUAUGGAUGGAAAAUUUCCGAAUGUGGUGAGAUCGAAAAUGCGACUUCGAAAGAUGUUGGUGCAACGAUUCCCUCAUACUCUGAAAUCUGCGAUUUGAUUGAAAAUGGCACCUAUACUGUCAUGCGCAAUCAGGAAACCGACUUCGCUUUUCCGUAUUUGAUGUCCAAGAAUCCCUUGAACCCAACUUUACACCCAUUGCUGAAGCGCACGUUGUCAGAAAUCUACGCAAAGAUCGAUCUCACUUUUUCGAUGAACGAUGAAGAUUUGGAGCAUUACUACACGGAUGAGACUACGAUCAUCAAUAUGGUCCACUACGUAAAACAAUCAAAUUUCGGUGGAAUCAUGAUGAUUCAGCCGCAAUUCGACGAUGUGCUCGGAAGCUGCGCAACGAUUGAUGAUCGACCUGGCCAACCCUUUCCCCUCACCAGCAUUGUCGCUUGGGAACUUGGUGGCAUCAAAAUCGGCCAAACUGAACACAUUGAGCAAGAUUUUUUCGACAAC